AUGAAAAUCCGGUUUGAGCAGGGUGAGUUCGAUGCCUUGAAAAAGUUCGAGACGCUCCACCACCCCGAUAUAUGGAAUUGGAUUAUGGAUAAAGUGGGCCGCCGAGAAAACCUGAAAAUUUUGGACGUCUCAGAGGAGUGUGCGGUGUUUGCCAUCAUCUUGGCUGAACAGUACCCGAACAAUAAGGUGACUUGCCUUAUCCGUGGGGAGAAGCCAUCUGCCAAGUUGCCGGCAAAUGUCAACGUGCUUCGCUCAGACUUCAAGAAUUGCAAUUGGGCCCAAAUCGAGGCGCUCGAGAAAUAUGACGUGAUUAUCGUCAACGAGCUGACGCAUGAAAUCCCGGAGAUUGGACAGUUUUUCAAGGCACUAAAGAACCAUCUGAAUCCCGGAGCACCAUUGGUGGUAUUGUGUCGACCCAAGAAUCCUCCACUCCCAGUGCCUGAGUGCUGUCUUCUGCUCUGGAGAAAGUUGAUGCCGACAAAAGAGGAGAUCACUGCUGCUGCACAACAUGCUCAACUAAAUUAUACGACCUUCUCAGCGGCAGUCCCCAUCAAUGUCGACCGUUUCCUUUGGGAAAGUAUGCUGUAUUCGGGUUGCUUCCCGGCCGUGCGGGCUACGAUAAAGUGUGGAGAGCGCGAGAUCCGUGAUUUCUGCAACAAGUUGAGCCCGAAAGUGGCUUUCGAGGAGAAGCUGUCAAUCUAUGUGCUGAAGGAA